AUGGAGUUAUACUUCACUUUGGAGAUCAUAGUUAUCAUCAUGCUGGCUGUGCACGCCAUUAUCCAGCCCUACCAGAACCCGUUCUUCAACGUUCUCAAUACUACUAUAUUUGCCGACCUAGCCAUUAUUAAUGGUCUGAGUAUCUACAAUUUCUACUGGGCACAGAAUGGGGUGGAGGAAACCAUCGUUACAGUCUCGUACUUUCAGGUGUUUCUCAUUUACCUACCUCUCGUCUAUAUGGCAGUUGUGCUGCUGCUUAAGGCUGGAAUGAAGUUUAAAAAGAUUCGCAGGCACCGGUGGGUGGGGAAACUCAGUCACUACGUGCCUCUAGCUCAGAAUCAGUCUGCCGAGUACCGACUGCAGUUGUCUAGUAGUUUCAGUGAGAACAACCUUCCUUCGAGGCUCGUUUGA